AACCGACCGUAUGAUUCAGUAGUGUCACCAACUAACUUUACUUACCAUUGUCAGAACACGCAAUACUCAUCCAGGCUGAACUUGUCUACGCCGUCAAACCCAAAAUCUGACCGGAAAACGUCGACGUCGUCAGAUUCUGUCCGAAACUCAUCCAGGUUUUCAAUCAUGGCAGAGGAAAAUUCUCAUUCAGAAAUUUUGUCACAAGAAAAUGGAACUCAAGAGGUUCCACCAACUCUUGUAGAAGAAGGAGUCGCUGAGCUUUCUCUAUCACCGGAAAAAGAAGAUGAAACUAAAGAAGUUUCAAAGAAGAAAAAGAAGAAAACUAAAAGCAAGAAGAAAAAAGGACCCGUUGAGCAGACAGAUCCACCAUCAAUUCCUGUUCUUGAUCUUUACCCAUCUGGAGAUUUUCCAGAAGGUGAAAUUCAGCAGUACAAAGACGAUAACUUAUGGAGAACAACAUCAGAGGAGAAGAGAGAGCUGGAGCUCCUUCAGAAACCAAUAUAUAAUUCAGUUCGUAGAGCAGCAGAAGUUCAUCGUCAGGUUCGGAAAUAUAUGAAAGGCAUUAUAAAGCCUGGAAUGCUGAUGUCCGACUUAUGUGAAACAUUGGAGAACACCGUUCGUAAGCUAAUAUCAGAGGAUGGCCUGCAAGCUGGCAUUGCUUUCCCCACAGGGUGCUCUCUGAAUUGGGUUGCCGCUCAUUGGACCCCCAAUUCCGGAGAUAAGACUGUUCUUCAGUAUGAUGAUGUGAUGAAGUUGGAUUUUGGCACCCACAUAGAUGGAUAUAUAGUUGAUUGUGCUUUUACCGUGGCGUUCAACCCAAUGUUUGACCCACUGCUUGAAGCCUCUAGGGAAGCAACCUAUACGGGUAUUAAGGAAGCUGGAAUCGAUGUGCGCCUUUGUGAUGUUGGUGCUGCAAUUCAAGAGGUCAUGGAGUCAUAUGAGGUUGAGAUUAAUGGGAAGGUGUAUCAAGUUAAGAGUAUACGGAAUUUGAAUGGACAUAGCAUUGGCCGCUAUCAAAUUCAUGCUGGUAAAUCUGUUCCCAUUGUGAAAGGUGGAGAGCAGACAAAGAUGGAAGAGGGGGAAUUCUAUGCAAUUGAAACAUUCGGGUCAACUGGGAAAGGGUAUGUACGAGAAGACCUGGAAUGCAGCCACUACAUGAAAAACUUUGAUGUUGGUCAUAUGCCGCUGAGAUUGCCCAGAGCUAAGCAACUAUUAGCGACUAUUAACAAGAAUUUCUCCACUUUGGCCUUUUGUAGGCGAUAUUUAGAUCGCCUAGGAGAGACUAAAUACUUAAUGGCAUUGAAGAACUUGUGUGAUGCUGGCAUUGUUCAGCCUUAUCCUCCUCUAUGUGACGUGAAAGGAAGCUAUGUAUCACAGUUUGAACAUACAAUCCUACUCCGACCAACAUGCAAAGAAGUUAUAUCAAAGGGUGAUGAUUAUUAAUGCGAGCUUUAAGUGUAUUUUGUUUAGAUACAUAAUAUGACUUUUUCUUAUAAACUGUUGUUCACCAUACCAUCCAAACUUGGGUUUUGUAACUUAAGUGUACCUGUAGAGUUUUACAUUACUCGUUUAUUUUGUCAAUCACAACUUUAUUACUUUAAGAGGUUCAACCUAACUAAACCAUUUUCUUAACACUA